AUGUUUGAAGAUAUUCCUCUAAUUUAUAUGAAUGUGAAAAUAUUGAAAUUUUGGUCGUUUCUUUUUGAAAAGAAUUGGCGACGCUACAUAUGCCUACCAACCACUACGUUUUUGGUGUUCACUCAGUUCGUGUACAUGUUUAAAACUAACGAGGGCAUCGACUCAAUUAUACGAAACUCAUAUAUGCUUGUAUUAUGGUUUAAUACAAUCUUAAGGGCAUAUAUUAUGAUUUAUGAUAAUGAAAAAUAUCAACAAGUUAUCUAUGAUUUGGUAGAAUUAUUCUAUGAUUUAAAGAAAUCAAAGGACGAUUACGUAAAAGAUCUUUUAUUGGAAGUCAAUUCGAAAGGGAUAAUAAUGGCUAGAGGCAAUUUAUUUUUGGGUCUGCUUACUUGUAUUGGCUUUGGCGUUUAUCCUUCAUUAGCAGUGGACAGAGUGUUACCUUUUGGCAGCAUUAUACCAGGAAUCAAUGAGUACAGUUCACCGUUUUAUGAGCUUUGGUAUAUAUUUGAAAUGUGCAUCACUCCGAUAGGAUGCUGUAUGUAUAUACCCUACACUAGUCUCAUAGUUUCGUUUAUACUGUUUGGUGUUGUGAUGAGCAAAACCUUACAACAUCGUCUACGUACUUUACAUCGAUUUGCGGAUCAACCAAAACUAAUUCAUGCAGAAAUAAUCAGUUGCAUCAAAUAUCAAAUACGGAUUAUUAACUUUAUCGAAGCGGUUAACGGUCUUUGCACUUUUAUAUUUCUAUUGGAAUUUCUAGCCUUUGGGGCCUUACUCUGCGCUCUAUUAUUCCUAUUAAUAAUUGUCAACUCGUCCGGACAAGCAAUUAUAGUUUGCGCCUACAUUAUAAUGAUCUUGGCACAAAUCUUGGCUCUGUAUUGGUACGCUAACGAACUCCGGCAAGAAAAUUUUGCAAUAGCUGCAGCAGCUUACGAAACUGAUUGGUUUACUCAUGAUACUACCGUGCAAAAAUAUAUUUUACUACUAAUAUUAAGAGCUCAGAAGCCUUGUUCGAUUAAAGUCGGCAACUUUUAUCCAAUGACUAUGGAAUUAUUUCAAUCACUAUUAAAUGCUUCAUAUACUUAUUUUACUUUAUUGAAACGCGUUUACGAUUAA